CGUCCGAUAACAAUAACAACGACGACGACAACGUUACCGCACUACGAAGAGCUCGUCGGCGAAGCGAACCACCAGACGCACCACGCCGGGGAAGACCCGCACGUUAUCGUCUACGAAGGCAUUGGCACUGAUGCGAAAUGGGCAACUCAGGCUUAAAGCAACACUACGAAACCGCGAAGAAGACUGGCACGCUGAAAUUGUCACAGCGUAAGUUGGACGAGUUUCCACAGAACCUCCGUGCCUUGGCACCGUUGCUGCGUACCCUGGAUCUAUCAGAGAACAAGUUUACCGCGUUACCGAAUGAGAUCGGCGAUUUCACGUUACUGAAACAGCUGAACAUCAGCCACAACCGGCUGACCGCCUUGCCCGGCACGCUGGGCACGCUAACGAAAUUAGAGGGUCUAAAUUGUACCGCGAAUCAAAUCAGCUCGAUCCCGUCGUCGCUGUCGCAACUAAGUCAUCUGAAACAAGUCAAUUUGUCCGACAAUCAGAUUUCCAACUUCCCGUUGAUGCUAUGCGGCCUUAAGCACUUGGACAUGCUGGACCUGUCUAAAAAUCGACUCACAAACGUGCCGGAUGCUGUCGCCGGCCUCCACGUGACCGAACUAAAUCUCAAUCAGAAUCAAAUUACCACGAUUUCCGAGAAGUUGGCGGAUUGCCCGCGAUUGAAGACGCUACGUUUGGAGGAAAACUGCCUGUUGCUGAACUCGGUGCCACUCAAGAUUCUCAAGGAGUCUAAGGUUUCAGUAUUGGCGCUCGGAGGGAAUCUUUUUGAGAUGAAGCAGUUUGCGAAUUUGGACGGUUACGACACUUAUAUGGAACGUUUCACAGCAGUCAAAAAGAAGAUGUUUUAAAAUUGGAUUUUUUAGUGCUGUUGAAUCAUUUAGUGGGAUUAUUUACAUUAUGUUAAAAUUUUCAAUGAUAUUACAUUGACGAUAUCAAAGAGAAAAAGAUUUAAUUCAUUUAAAUACAUUUAAUAUCUUCAGAUGUAAUUUUGUUACCAGUUUAAGAAAAAGCAACUGAUAUAAAGACAAAAAACAAGAUUGGAUUGGAUAAUACAUUUAAAUAACAUUUAUAUAAAAUUUUACAAUUUGAAAUUGGAG